AUGGUACAAAAAUUCCUAUUUAUAACCUACUACGUUCACGAAAGGCAGUUUGAAAAAGCAGCGGAAAGUUCCACUGAGGUUUAUACGACUUGCCAACGAUCGGCCACCUUACAACGUCGUCAUUCCACUUACCAGGAUAUUGACGGAAAUGACGAACAUAGCCAGGUGAUGGACCUUGAUCGAAUAUUGAGCACUCGUAUAGACGGGCUUGAAAUCGCUUUUGAACGGACGAAAGCAUGGAGCAAUUACUCAAAAGAUCUCUUAUCAUACAUCCGAGCACGCCUUCAACUGGAAGUGGAACAUGCUCGAAAAGUGACGACGCUGGUCGAGCAAUGUAGGCGGGAUAUUUCCAAGCCGUUCAUGCCACUGCGGGAUGUGUUCGAAAGCAGUUUCGAUAGUGAUAUUGACUUGGUUGGCAGGACAAAGGAGACUACCGAUCAUCUCAAGGCACGAGUCGUUGAGCCAGAGUAUGAUCCCUUCUUCCCCUACAAUAAAAUACACCCCCUUGAUGGCCCAAUGAUGCUGUACCGUUCGUCUCCACUCUGGCGCUCGAUGCCUCGACGUAAGGAACACGACAUCCAGCGUGGUGCCUUGAAGCUGGAAUGGUCCAAACUUACCAAAUCAUUGGUGAGUUAA